AUGGAGACGUUGGGAGGAUCGGAGCCUGCCAGCCUGCAUCCUAAAUGCACCAUGGAGCAGGAGUUCAGCUUUAGUGCGCUGAAGAAGCUGGCGGCUAAGCCGGACUACACGGACGUGACGCUGCCGGCGGUGGAGCGUGUGCGAGCACUCAGUAAGAUGGGCUACAACAUUGAGAUCAACGAGGAUAUUACGCCACGUCGCUACUUCCGCUCGGGCGUUGAGAUGGAACGUAUGGCUGCCGUCUACCUGGAGGAGGGCAGUCUGGAAAAUGCCUUCGUUCUCUACAACAAAUUUAUCACGUUGUUUGUAGAAAAACUCCCCAGUCAUCGGGAUUACCAGCAGUGCAAUGUCCCUGAGAAGCAAGUAAUAAUGAAGAAAUUGCAGGAAGUGGCUUUUCCACGUAAAGAUCAACUGAAGAAACUUCUCAAUGAGAAAUACAGCAAAGAGUACAGUGAAUAUCUGAAAAAACAGAGCCAGACCAUGCCUGUGGCUGUGUGCGGAGAGCAGUUACAGAGGCUUUCUUUGCUGGAGGAAGAGCGGCAGCGUGUGGCGCAGUUAAGGAAGAUGCAGCUGGAGUCUGAGCAGUUCCGCUAUUUCGAAGAUCAGCUGCGGCGUCAGGAACAGGCCAACCGUAAGCAGGAUGCUGUCUCCAAAGAGUCCGAACAAACAGACGGCUCGUGUCUGUCCCAGACUCCGAAAAACCACAAACGCCUCGACCCCAACCGCAACAAACCAGCCACGCCAGUCCCCAAACCUGCCCCCACAUUAGCUGCGGUCCAGAGUCAACAGGUUGAGGGCCUGAGGCGUGUUCUGAUUCCUCAAGAUCUGACCUACAGGUUCUUACUGCUGGCUGAUCGCAACACAGCCAGAGGCAUCGAGACCUGCGGCGUGCUCUGUGGAAAACUGACUCACAACGAGUUCAUGCUCACCCAUGUGAUUGUGCCCAAACAGUCAGCCGGGCCGGACUACUGUGACAUGGAGAAUGUAGAGGAGCUGUUCAGUUAUCAAGACCAUCACAACCUGCUGACCCUGGGCUGGAUCCACACACACCCCACCCAGACAGCUUUUCUUUCUAGCGUGGAUUUACAUACACACAGCUCAUAUCAACUUAUGCUACCUGAGGCCAUUGCCAUUGUUUGCUCACCUAAGCACAACGAUACUGGAGUGUUUCGCCUCACCAGCGCUGGAAUGAGUGAGGUGGCCGGCUGCAGACUGAAGGGAUUUCACCCACAUUCGAAAGACCCUCCUCUUUUCACCAUCUGUAAGCAUGUGGUCAUUAAGGACUCCAAAACAGUGGUGCUGGACCUCAGGUGACAGAGGCAAUAAAUGCAUACUUCAGUGGAUACCACGGCCCCCGGAGCUCUAUUUGAAGCUUCAUCCAG